AUGUUUAAACCUAUCCUUGCCACCGUUGUCUUUGUCGGACAAACUUCACAAUUCACAAAUGCAAGUGCAAUCCCUUCACAACGUCGGAGUGUGUUAGGGGACAUAGAGGGAGCGAUUGAGGGCGAGAAUGGAUUCGACUGUGCGUCAGGAGUGAUGGCUGGAAUCACUGCGCUGACUGAGAGCGACUCAUACAGAAGCUUUACAGGCGACAGCUUCUGUGACAGUGCCGUGUACGGGUUAGUGGUGGUUGGUAUGGAGUUGACAGCCGAGUCGGACGGCAGUGCCCUCGAAUCAACUGAAUGUGCCACCACCAUGGGUAUAUGCUGUGCUGCAGACGCCGGGGAUGUCGUUUUGACAACUCAAGUCUGUCAGAUGCUAUUGAGUGUUAAGUACCGCGCGCUGACGUUUGAUUCUGGCAAAAAAAGAAACCCCCGUUUCAGGAUAUUAAAAUAG